AUGCGUAAAAGGGAUAGAGAGAAGCAUAGGCAUCGUAGUAGAAGUAGGUCGCGUUCUCCGAGUCGAAAGAGAAGAAGUCGGUCACGUUCCCGCUCUCCUCGACGUAAACAUGAUCGACCAUCUUCCCCUGUUGCCUCCAAAUCAAAGUCAUCUAAAGAGAAGAAAAGUAUUCCUGAUAAUAACGACAAGGAAUUGAAAAGGUAAGAGAUAUGCAAUUAUUUUGGUUUAGGCGAGUAAAUUUUCUGUUUACGAAUGGUGUACAUUAUUUAUUAUUUACUUCGAAUGCGCUCUCCCGUGGCAGACGUUUGUUCAAGAUCAGCUUUACAAGUAAGCUUAAAUUAAGCUUAUAUUAGCUAGAGACUUAGGCCUGUUUCAAACGUCGUGCUACCGCCGUGCUAAGCUGGCUCGACUGUAGCUUGACUACAGUACGACACUAGCACGACUUGGUAUCAGACGUCGAAUUUAAUUGAGUCGAACAGAACGGCUGUUGCCGAAAACAAAACACAAUAAUAAAGAAACGGUUCAGCAAACUUUUAAAUGUAUUCUAAUGCAUUUGUAAUUUAUGAAUUGAGUUCGGCACGGCGGUAGCACGAUGUUUGAAACCAAGUCGAGCUACUGCCGUGUGGCAUUGCAAGGCCUGCCGUGCUACUGCCGUCUACAUGGCAGUAGUAUGACUUGGUUUCAAACGUCGUGCUACUGCCGUGCUAAAGUCAAAUUUCAUUCGAUCAAUUGAGUUCGGCACGGCAGUAGCACAACGUUUGAAAUGGGCCUUAGAUAGCGAAAUGAAAUUUUCUUUGCGUUAAGCUUAUAGGUAAAACGUGAGAAAUAGAAUAGCUCGUUUGGUCAUGGGGUAAUGCACCGGAUUAUACGGAAGAGUGUCAGAGAGCACUGAAGUCUUGAUUUCAAACCUAGGCCAGACCACUCAUUCAUACUGCAUUUGCUUAACAGUUAGAUGCAGCACUGCUGGUUUUCAGCUGAUUUCAUGGCAGCCAUGUUGCCUGAAAAGAUCAAGAAGUGAGAUUUGAGUUGAGACCUGACUUUUGUUGACUUGUCAAUUAAAUACCAUUUAGUGUGCGUAUUUUGUUUUAUAUAGACACUGCCUACCUAGACUAGCCUCUGCUAUUUGUGGGCAGCAAGAAAAUAAAAUUGUAAAUCUGAAUAAACCAAUAAAUGAAUGAAAACUAUGUUGACAUUUUGUGACUUAGUGGUGGAUAAAAGGAAUGAAAAAUGCAUGCUAGCCUUACAUAAAUGCAGUAUACACGUCCAUAAAUUUUGUGGCUUUUGGCUUGGUCCAGGUCAGAAAAAGUCCUCUCUGAUUAGUUGGUUCUGAGAUUCUCACUUCAUUCCUGAUUUUCUGGAGAAUAACCAAGCAUGAUAUACAUGUAUAGAGGAUAUUACAUGGCCGCAUGGAGAUACGAAAUUUCUCUGCGAGUGUUGAAAAAUAUUUCACUUGUUCGCUCACUCACUUGUGAAAUAUUUUUUAACAGUCAAAGAGAAAUUUUGUAUCUCUAAGCGGCCAUGUAAUGUUUUAUUUAUUACAUAAACACCAAUGCAAUUCCAAACCAUUUCAUUUAAAGGUUUUUUUUGCUGUGAUAAGCGUGAUUUAUUUUGUAGCCAUAGCAACAGUGAUCUUUUCACAUGUCAUUUUCAUGUGUGAAGAUAUCAUGUUUUCGCGUGAAAGUUCACCUGGUAUUUCAUUGGUGUUUAUAUAAUAAGGUGUAAUCUUCACUUUCUGGGUUGGCAUACAGUAGUACAGACCAUGGAAUUCCAGCUUUGCUCAAGUCUUUCAUGGAGCAAUGUACUUUUGCAAUUAUGCAGUCAUGUUACAUAUGUGUGAGUGCUGCAGUUCAAUUUGAUAUGAACACACAGCUGAUAAUGAUGUUCAUUUACCUUGCAGGAAAGAGAAAGAGCUGCUAAAAGCAAUAGAAACCCCUGAAGAAAAACGUGCCAGAAGACUUGCGAAGAAGGUAUUAAAAUUAAGUUAGCCACAGAGAAUAUAUAUCUACAAAAUACCAAGUUAGUAAAACCACAGACUCCUGUUAAUUUUCCUGAUUUAUGUGCUAAAAGACCGGACAAUAUUCUUUAUUUAAUUUUUUGAUGAAGGAACUUUCUUGUGUUUUUUCUUUCAUGCUUAGACAUGAAAGCGUGACAUCACAUGUAUUUUAAAAGAAUAUAGGGAACUUAGAGCCUGGUGUUAUGGUCUGGGUAGGUGAGGUUAGGUCAUACAUGGAGUAGAGCAGAGACAAGUGUGCUUUUACAGGGAUGUUGAUAAUAACAGGGAGCCAGGAAAAGUACCCAGCUGUCAAUGUGAUUUUUGCAGCUGAAAAACAUUGCAGUCUUUAAAAAAGUAACCGUUUUUUUUCUCAUAUUACCAGCCCAUCAAAUGCCAUUUCCCAUCUGUUAUAAAUUUAAGCUACAUCCCUGCUUUUAUGUACUGUUGUCAAUCACAGCUCUCUGUUUGCUCCACAAUUCAACCUUUGACUUCUAAAGGAGAAAAAUUCACCUGUCCUCUUGUGUCUUGUUUAGACCACUUGGUACCCCUACUUUAAGUUCAGUUUUAUCUUCAGGCUCCAGUUGUUCAACUGUUGGAUAGUGUUAUCCACUGGAUAAAUCGCUAUCCAGUGGAUAAGUAUUAGGAAAUCAAUUGCGCUAUCCACGGGAUAGAGAUUUAUCCAGUGGAUAGUGUUAUCCACCUUUCGAACAACUGGGCCCUGGUGAUUACAGGUGUGGUGUUCUAGAUGUGUGUUCAUGAAUAGUAAUACUUGUAUAUUUAGCGUACGAUUAAAAUUCAAAAAAUUAAAAUUUGGGGGUUUGUUUAGAUGUUCCAGUUUUGUGGGUGUUUCAAUGACGCGCAUGCUGAUUCAUCUCUUGUAUUUUGACUAGCCCUGUGGCUCAUCAAAAUAUUGCAUGAGUGGUAAUAAUACAUGUAUCCCACAAUGCUAUGUUGUAAACAAUGCUAAAAGAUAAUAUUUUUUGUACCUUUCCUUUUCAAAACAGGAAGCAAAGGAGAGAAAGAAAAGGAAAGAGAUGGGAUGGGAUGAUGAAUAUCUGGUGAGUUGCAAUGUGGAUGGUAAUAAUAUUACCUGUAAAGUUUAGAAUAUUAAAUGGGACUAAAUGUAAUUUAGGCAAAGUUAACCUCAAAGCAAUGCUGGUCAGCAGUCUUUCCAGCUAUACUGGGGGUAGCCCAAUGCCUCUAGCAUUGGCACCUUGUGACUUAUAAAUAUACGCAGUUGCUUGCUUGCAGUUCCUUGCAAAGUGUUGUUGCAAUAGCUGGCUGUUUGCGUGCCAGGAUAUCUCCUCCUCAUGCUAGAGCAUUGCCCGGCUCCACCAACUUUGUAGGCACCUAUGCCCAAGCUCAUCUAUUGGUGAUGAGUUAAUGGGUUUUGUUCUUUGAAUUUCGUACAUUGUGUAUGUUACAGGUCAAAAUAAAAUUCAGGUUAAAAAUUUUAAACCUACAUGUACAUGUAGGUUGUACAUGUAUAGCUACCGUACAUGUUGAUUAUUUCCUUCUUCUUGCAGGGAUACACUAACACAGAUAAUCCAUUUGGUGAUGCCCAUUUGCUGGAAAAUUUUGUAUGGCAAAAGGUAACUCCCUUACACGCAUCUGCAGAUUGUCAUUUUGAUACUGUCAGAGCUCUCUUACACUUUAGCUAGUAGACAACAUACAGGUAUAUGCCGUAGUGGCCUCACUCUUACACUUCUACUACCAGAAUCAGUUGUGCAGGACUCAAGAGGUUGGGUUGAUUCUCAAUUUUCUUUGUCUUCUAGGGCUAGGAGACAAAAGAAAUUGAGAAUCAACCUACAGUGUAGGUUAAAUCAAAAUUAACCUGAAAUCAUUUUGAGCAGUAACAUGUACUUAUUAGUGUUUAUGAUCACUUACAGAAAAGAGAAAAAGAUGGUGAACAACACUUAAAAGAAGAGGAAAUACGGAGAAGAGAAAAGCAAAGACAACAAGAAGCAAAAGUAACCACAGUAGAUUUAAUAAACCUGUUUUUUAUUGCAGUGUAAUAAUAAUCAUUCAAGUGUUCUUUCUUCUCUUGUUUAUUUGUAUCAAUUUCAUGUUUUACCAAAUGAAGCCAAUUUUUAUAGUGCUACCAAUUUCCAAGAGACCCUAAAAUCUACCCAACCCUGUGUGUGCUACCAGGAACUAAUUUAUUUUCUUAUCAAUUGGGACCCAAUUUAUUGCUCUUGCCUUGUUUGACUUAAAUUUCUCUUGGGCUGUCAGGGGUUUUAAGCACCAAUGGCCUUCAAAACACAUUGGCUACUUUGCUAAUGGAAGUCAGCUACCUUUUUCCAGAAAGAAGUUUGAAUAACAUCGUAAGCAAAAAAUAUAUCAUAAAAUCUGAAUAAAAAUGUAAUUAUGAUGUGCUUUCAUAAAGGCCCACUGGUUUUACGUUAAGCUUUACUCAUGGGAACGCUAUACAUUUCAGUCAAUUUUUCACUGUUUUACACAAUUUGUUUGAGUGCAAAAGUAUGUAAUUUAGUUUUCAUCAUUUGUUAAUUGUUUGUAGGAAGUGAUUUCAUUACUGAUAAAUCAAAAGUUGAAUGAAAGCUACAUUUUCUUGAAUGAAAAACAUGCUCUUUUGUCCUCAAUUUAGUACCAGAAUGCUGAAAAUCGCAUUUGAGGGCUUUAAACUUUUAAAAAUUUUCUGGGGAAGCAUACCCCCAGACCCCCUCCCCCCAAGAAAGAGGGGACUAACAGCCCCUUGUUGAUACAGUCAGUUACCCUAUUCAAAACUGCUGGCUACUUCAAUUUUUAUUGAAACCUGUUUGCUGUGCCCAAAUUUCAGUACUUACAGCCUUUAAACUAAGACCCUGUUUACAUGGAGUGGGGGACCCCGGUCUAGUGGGGUAAGUUUCUUUUGUUUUGUGUCCCCCAGAACAUGAAAACAAAAGAAACCAACCCCACUAGACCGGGGUCCCCCACUCAAUGUAAACAGGCCCUAAGUCUUUUUUUCUGUGUAUUAUGCUUAGGACCUUUUAUUGUACGGGCAUAAGGGUUUAGGUCUCUUGCAUGAAAUUGCCCACCUAAUUUAGUGUUUAUUUCUUCUGGACAGAGAGAACUAGAGAAAGUUAAAAGAAGAAGAGUGGUAAGUAUCUAUAGCUUUCUAAAGUGAAACAUUACCAUUCUGAACAGCUUUUUUGGAGUUACACUACAUGAUAAAGGGUGGUUACAAAAGUUGCAUGUAAACUUGAAUAGAAGAAUAAUUAUUGAGAAGUAACUUAAACUUCAAGUAAUGAGUACUGGAUGAAGAAAAAUAAUAGUUACUGGUCUUUAUUAUUAAUGUGAUAUCCAACUUCUGGAGAGCAAAAGUUUAUAAUCUCUAUGUCUUUUUUUGUUUUUAGGAAAGAGAACAUGAGAAGCAAAUGAGAGAACAAGAGAGGGUAAAUAAAUGAAGUUUAUGAAAAAUAGUAAUAAGAUUAUUUCAAGCUUAUCUUUACCCUCACUAGUAAUAUUACCUCAUUGUUUUUUUAAACUGUUUUUGUACAGUGGUUUACAUUGUAUAUGUAUGUUAUGUGUACCAUUGUGAACACACAAAAAGGGCAAUCCAUUUUUUGAGCUGCAGUAAAGUUAUUUGAUGUAAAAAAUAAUACACUUUAUCCAUCCGUCUGUUCAGUGAAAUUUUUGUGGGAAGUAAAAACAUUUUUUUCUUCUGAGAUAUAUUGUUAUUUUUGUGAGACAGGAGAUUGCUUUCAACUGUUAUUUAUUAAUUUUACUCAAACACUUGCUCCUUCUAAACUCCUGUUAGGAAACCAUGCAAAGAGAAAAAGAAGCUAAUUCAUUCAAAGAAUGGGAAGAACAAGAAGAUAAGGUACAAUUUUAUUAUAAUAACUUGUUACUAAAUUUAGAGAACCUUGGAUAUGUUAAUAAUACAAAGUUUAUAAUUGUUAUUUUUUUUUAAAUUAAAUGGCUGAAAAUAAAUCUGCCAAUGCAAUGUAAUUAUUCAUCAUGGUAUGUGUAUGUUACAGGUCAAAAUUAAAUUCAGGUUAAAAUUUUUUAACCUACAUGUGGGUUGAUUUUCUCUUUUUUCUUGUCUUCUAGCCCUAACUAUUCAUGAAUCAGGGCUAGGAGAUAAGGGAAAUUGAGAAUCAACCUAGGUUAAAUAAUUUAACCUGAAUUUAAUUUUCGCCUGUAACAUGUAUAAUUUUAUAGGGUCCAUUUAUCAUUUGUCUCAUCCUCCUCACUAAGUCACUUAGUUAUUACAUGUAUUAUGUUUCGAGCAUAUACAGUGUACUGCAGGUCUUCAUCAGGCUGUGGUUCCAGUUAUCUCCAACAAGUGGAAAAUAUGUACAAUAUUGUGCUAUGCAAUAUUGGAUAUGAAUGCCACUGACUGAUAAAGAACAAUUAUUGGAUGAGGCUGAGUAUCAUCUGAAGAAUUAUGGAGAUCAAGGAGGGUGUCAUGCGCCUCGGCCUACGGCCUCGUCUGAUGACAACCUCCUCCAUCUCCAUACAGUGUAAUUCUUCAGAUGAUACAAUAGCCAAAUUCAAUAAUAAUAAUUGUUUUAUUAUAUAUUCAAAAUAAUUCCUUGUUUAAAAACAAGCUAAAAUAUGCUGACCUCAAUAGAUGUUAAGUUCAUCUUCGAUAUUGCAUGUUCAUCGGCAAAUUUGGGAGAUAAAGGGUUGUUCAGCUCUGCAAAUAUUCUCCAAAUAGCAGAUGUUGUCUUUUGAGUUGUUUUUUGCCGUUCUUGCUAUGUUUUAGCAAAUAGUUUGCUUAUUUAUUCCUCGUAAAUGAGUGAUGUUAAGUUCAUCUUGAUAGUGCAUGUUAAUUGGCAAAUUUAGGUGAUAAAAGGUUGUUCAGUUCCGCAAAUAUUCUUGAAAUAGCAGGUGUUGUCCAUCAAGUUGUCUUCUUGCUGUUCUUUCUAUGUUUUAGCGAAUAGUUUGCCUAUUUAUUCCUCGUGAAAUAAGUGAAAUGUUCCGCCAUUUUCUUACUCACUACUAAAACAACUCAAGGUCUUAUCGGUUAACAGUUCAAUAAUCUGGCAUUUUACUGCUCUUUUGAUGUCAUUUAUCACAUAUCGCAAACUUCUUCCAAAUUUGGUUGAUAAUAGCUGGUUAUGAUGAAUUAUGCAUAGGAAAUCAGAAUUUUGCCACCUCUCCUGGAAGUACUGUAUUAAUUUUGUGAGGCAUUUGGUAAAGCAUAAACAUGCAACAAUAAUUUAUUUAAAUUCCUUUGGUUUUAGUGAGGUUAUUUCCUUUUCUUUAGUUUCACUUAGAGCAAGCAAAGCUGCGCUCAAAAAUUCGCAUCCAGGAUGGCAGAGGUAGGUGGCGUUGGCUUGUUUAAAAUUAACAACAGCAUUUAAUUUCCCUUCAUUAACCAAUUUACACACUUUUCUGGUGAAGUUCACAUGGAUAAGUUUUAUAAUGGCUUUGUAUUUUUCUCACCCUGGGCUUGUCAACUUGUGAUAUGGUAUACCUGCCAACUCUCACGCCUUAGGCGUGAGUCUCACGCCUGCGGGUUGAAAACUUGGAUCUCACGCCGGCUCACGCUUGCAGGCCAAUUUCUCACGCCUGACUGAAAUUAUUUCGUUAAAUAUUUCGUGAGCAACUAGAAUAAAGCUUUUAAAGCCAUAAUAUGGCCGUUUCUGGGAACACCAACAUCACAACUGCCUUAAAAAAUUGACCAUGUCAGUCCAAAACUUUCCGAUUUUAGAACUAUAGUGCUGAUGUUAUCAACUAACGUCGGUCCUUGUGGAUAAGCGUUUUCUCGAUAACUUCGCCUUUGGCAGACUUCGGACGUCUUUAGAAGACUUUACACAUCUUCAGAAGACUUCGGACUUCUUCGGAAGACUUCAGACUUCUUCAGGAAUCUUCGGAAAUGAUCGUGUUGUCUUCAAAAAUCCCAGCACUCCCAGGAUAAAAAUCUCACGCUUAUAUUUCAGAAAAAGUUGGCAGGUAUAAUAUGGUGGCAAAGGGGUAGAGAGGAAUAGCAAUUCACCACUUUAGAAACAAGAAGGGAACUGGAGCUGAAAUGUGUCCUGUAGUGUUUUUACUGAUCUUUACUGGGGACGCGCUGGUCAGCUAUUGGCCAAUGUUUUUCCUGUCCCUAGUAACAGUCCCUGAAGUCUUUGCAAAAGUUAACUCAACCCAGUUUUCUUCUCAUAUAUUUUCUUCACAGUGACGACUUUAGUGGAACACAUCGUUGCAACAUUGUUUCGAAUGAUUAAAACAUGGUUCCAACAUUGCAACACUGUGUUGCAUUAAAGAUCGCCAUAGAAAAUUGUCCUGUGUAACAUCACCUUCUGUGGUGAAUGCUGGCAGAGGUUUUUGCCCCUGGAAGAUCCAACCAUGCUGGCUUGGUCAAGGGUAAAUGGCUUGACUCAGGAUAGCCCCUGGUCCUCCCGGUUGGGGGUUUGGUGUGGGGCCAGUCACCCCUCACUGUAUAACUACUAUGCAUUCUGGAAACAGACGCUGCCCUGUUUCCCACUUUGGGAAAUGGAACCAUUAUGAUGAUGUGAUCUUAAAUAAUAUUAUUACCUUCAUUUUUAGCCAAACCCAUUGAUCUUCUUGCUCAGUAUGUAAGUUCAGAUGACAAUGAUCUGGAAAUUCAAAUGCAUGAGCCUUACAGAAUUUUAGUGGUGAGUGAAGAAAUUAAGUAAUGUUUUGUUUUAGUUACAUACGAGUACAAAAAACCAGAUAACCUAUAUAAAUGGCUUCUUAUGUGCAUAUUGUUAUUUUCUAUACAAUAGGGUUUAACAAUAGAAGAUCUGGAAGACUUACUUGUUGACAUUAAAGUCUACAUGGAGUUAGAAGAAGGAAAGAAUGCAGAAUUUUGGAAGGUAAAUAUGUAUGUGGCAAUAGAUAAAAUUCAUUCUUAGGUUAAUUAGGUUUUGAUUCUGAAUUUCCUGCUCCUCUGGGGAAUUUUUUGGAUUUUAACUUGCUUAAGUCCCCUUUCCUGGGUUUCUGAGUCGUUCAGACAGGAUAUUGGCCAGUUCCAAUAUAUGGCGGAUUAUUAUUGUCCAAACCAGUAGUAUUUAGGGAAAGUUUGCUGCGCUUGCUCUAGAGCUCUUGCAAACACUCUCCAAACUUAUUCGCUCCUAUUUAUUACUAAACCAUUUACCAGGUUUCAACUUGGAAAGUCUUUUUAUUAAAAAUAUAUUUAUUUAUGAAAAAUCUGACUGAUUUCCGUAAAACGGUGGAAACUGGUGUGGAUCUGCGCCUGAAUAUGCUGUAAGUUAUAACAAUAAUAAUUUUUAUAACAGUGUACAUGACAUGUCUUGGCAGGAUAUGACAACUGUUUGUAGUGAUGAACUUCAAAAGCUGAAGAAGGAAGACCCCAGAUACAGUGGUGAGCUGUAAAAAUAAUUUGUUUAAAAUAAUUAUUGAACAUAUUGUUAGUGACAAAAGUAAAAGGACUGAAAAUUGUCUUUUGUGCAAUUUUUUUGAAAAAAGUCAACGUCCUGCAGUGUAAAGAAAAAUCACUACAUUGUAAUUCUAACAAUAACUCUUACAGCUGUAACAAUUAUUAUAAAUUAACGUGAACAAAAUUUAACUCCUAAUAAACUAAUGCAAAGUUUUGAAAUAAUAAUUGUUAAUUCAGUUUUGUUGCACAUUUGUAUGUAGAAAUUUCCUUUUGCAUUCAAAAUUACAUUGUUAAUGUCUUUACAAGGUUUACUACUUGCUUUGCAGACCAAAUGGAUCGUAGAGAGAGUAUAAAUGCAUCUGUGUAUCAAGAUAUAGCAGGCAUUUUAAAUGCUAAAACAUAUAGUCAGCUUAUUGCAAUGCAGAAACAGAUCAACCAGAAGAUCAAGAGUGGAGAUGCAGUAGAUAUAGGUAACUAUUGAUUAUGCAAAUUGUCUUUAUUAUAUAUGGCAUACAUUAAUGUUGUACACUGUAGUUUAAUUUUUAGUUGGUUGGAGAUUUUUCACCUUGUGCCUACCCAUUAGAAGCGGUCCAUACUAAUUUUGUUAAAAAUAACUUUUCAACAGUUUAAGAAAAUGUUAUUUAUUUUCUUGUAGGUAUAAAAACGUUAGAGAUAUUGGCAUAUAGUUAGAAGUUUAUGCAUUUUUAUGAAAAGUGUAAAUAACUUUGAAAUCCUAUGCCAGAUUUUUCCCUAACUUCAGCAAAUAGGCCUCACAUCUCUCUUAUUUUAUAUUUGCAAGUUUGGAGUCAAUUGUGACCAUACAAUUUGCUAAAAGUUUAUUUUGUAUAAUAUUUUAUUAAUCUUUCUUUUUUAGGUUACUGGGAAACACUGUUGCACCAGAUAAAAGCGUUUAUGGCCAAAGCCAGGUUGAGGGAAUUUCACCAAGUUAUGCUCAGAAAAAAGUUAGAUGAACUUAAGAAGCAGGUAUUAAAGUAAUGAUGUUUCAUCAUUACCUUUGCAUUAUAAGGUAUUUGGCUUCUAAUAACAAUAUCUUCUACCAAGAGGCCAUUAAUGCCUUACUGCUAUUGUAGGAGCAGGUUUCUUGACUGACUUGUUGCUAGAUUUCCUGUGUUCUACCUAGUACAUCUCCUUGCUUGUAUCUAUAUGAUUGCAAUAAAGAGUCUUGGGCUGAUUAUGAGUUCUUUUCUGGAAAACAUAAUCUCAAAACUGAUGAACAAAUAUAUUAACAGUAUUGCUGACAAAGGGUGGUGUAGUUACCGGUCAAAUUUGAUUUCAGGUUAGUUCUGACUUAAACUAGGUUGAUUCUCAAUUUCUAUUGUCUCCUAGCCCUUGAUGAGAGUCAACCUAGGUUAAAUCACAAUUAAUCGUAAAUCAAAUUUGACCUGUAACAGAUACAAACCAUCUAAAAUGUUCUAUCUCCAUCCUUUGUCUUUUACAGAAAUCUGAGAUGGCCAGUCAUUCUACAGAUGAAAUUCCUUUGUCGGAAUCAGAGUCAGACUCAGAACCAGAAAACAAAGAAAUGAAAUCAGGUGGGAGUGGGAAUGAAAAGCAGUCCGGUGAUGAUGAAACUCCUGAAGACAAAGAUGAAGAUAAUUCCAAAACUGGUGAAGAAGAGGAAACAGAGGCCAGUGUUUAUACAGAACAGGAUCUCACAGAAGAAAGUAAGUACCUUGGAGGUACCUUCAGGUGCCUUACUUUGUACAUUUUACCACUAUACAUAAUUUAUGUAUAAUUAUAUUGUAAUAUUUUCAAGCAGUGUGAUAAAACAAACAUCUCUAUUGAGAUAGCUUGUCAGAAAUAUUUUGAUAACUCUCAGUCAUGUUACAUUAGUAAAUGGCAAGGCUUGUGCUAUUGUGAUGGUGUCUUGUGAUUUCAAUUUGCAUCUUAUUGCCUAAUCCACUAGCACUUUCACUUUUUUUUAGUGUCAAUGUAUUUAGUAUGGAAUUACUAAUUGGCGACACAAUUUUUUGAGUCUCCAACUGGAGACUGGACUGCCAUUUUUUGUGGUAAUCCGAGCCACACGAUGGUCUAGCCACUUGCACAGGGCAAAGGAAAUGCCUUCAUUUCUCAGUUAUUUUAAGACCCUGAGUAUUGGUCCAGCCCCGGAAAUCAUACCCAUGACCUCUUGCUCCGCAGUCAAGCCUACUACUGUCUGAGCUUAUCCUGCUGCAUUUGAAAAUCCAUUGGAAAUCUUGUAUAUCGUUUUAAAAAAAUCCAUAGACUGAAUAAAAGUAAUAAAGGGCUAUUUUGUGCUGCUGACAACAUACAGAGCCUCUGAAAUAUUUUGUCAGUUCAUUUACAGCAAGUGCUCUAUCAUGUGAACACUAAAGAAACUGCAGAACAAAUAUGGCAAUUUACUGCAUAAUAGGCAUUUUUUGCUGACAUCACCUUGGCACCAUAUAGUAGAGGGCCAGGGACAUGCCUAGGUGUGGUAGCUUAAGAGCAAUUGAUCAAUAUAUUAGCAUAUAUAUACAUAUAUAUUUUUAUAAGUUUAAAAAAGCCUAAGUCUUUGUUAGCCACCAUCAAAUGAAAUCACAGUCAUUAUCAACUCUUAUCAAUAAAUGUACCACAGCACUUGGUGUUGGAACUUACACUUUUCUUGUAGCUUGAUUCAAAAUUAUAACUAUUAGUAAUGAUCAAGUUAAUUUAAGUAGACUUAUCUGUUAUUACAUGUAAUGUCUUUUACUUCAUAUAGGCUAUUCUUCAUAUGAUGCUGGAAAUUACAGCCCCAGACUGCUAAAGAUUAACGAUGUUGAGGAGGUGACAUAUUACUGUUCAUACAUAUACAUAUUCACACAUAGAUUUGGUUUUAUAACUUGAAAUAGUCACGUUUUGAAGUGGGAGUUUAAAAAAUUUUCAUUAGUAUGCUAGUUGAGUGAUAGUGGUUAAUAGUUAUCAUGAUGGAUUGUUUGUUUGUUUGUUUGUUGUUUUUUUUUGGCAAAAGUUAGUUAUAUUGACUCUAUGAAUACAUGUACAUCAUUUGUUUUUAAAUUUUAACUUGUACAAUUUGGCAGCCAACUGACUAGGCAAUCAUUGAUGAAUUAACAUUAUAGUUUUUGUGUUGUUCGCACAUGAAUCAAGGGUAAAAAAGGCAUACACAUAAGAGUCAUUAAUAUUAAAUAUUUAAUAAUUAAUAAUAUUUGUACUCUUUUAAUAAUUAUUGUGAUACUAGGCAAUCAAGCAUAAAGGUUAUGAGAGAAAAGGAAAUUGACCAACAACUGAAGAGGGUUUUGCUUGCAUGUUAAUUUAAUGUUCUUCUUGCCGUUAUCACAGGAAAUGUAUAGGGAACACUGGGGAGAAAUACAUGUUGAUAUCAUUGUGUAAAUAGGGUCUAUCAACUUGAUACUUAAUACUAUUUUUGGAUAAUGAUGUUUAUUUGUUGGUUAUUGUUUUCUUGUUAUUAGAAUUUGGUAGUUGAUCCAACAGAAGACUGGGAGCAGCUUGUGAGUAGGCUUACAUGUAUCUUAAAGAUGAUUUAAAAACCCGUAAAAACAUUUAAGAGAAAUACAUUGUACUCACGAUCUAUCUUCUAAUUGGCUAAGAUCCUACAUUUAAUUUUGGAAAUCAGCACAACCUACAGAUUAGUUGGUUACCUGCUACCUUAUUCUCCUUAAUUUUUGCGGGUUCUUAAAUUCGCGAUUUUCACGAUUUUAAAAAAUUCGCGAACUUAAAGAUAUGCAAAACAUAACGACCGCGAACUUUGAUCUCGAGAAAUUUAAUGGACAUAGAAAAAUCAUGUAUUUGUGUUUUCAAAGGUCCUAAACAAUUUUUAACACAUGGUGUUAGUACAAGGAGCUAUCAUCUAUCAACUUUAAAUGUUAAUCAGUGUCAAGAUUCGCCUCAAGUUCUUCUUCGGCAUCUGAGUAAUCAUCUACGCACAGUUCCUCCAAUACAUCCUCUGUACAGUCGUCAAAUUGACCAUCCUGUCCCGGCUCCUUGUAGUGUGUAGUUACGAGUGUCUUGUAUCUUUCCAUUAAUGCCCUGUUCCUUGGUGUAUCGCCCAUUUCACAUAUCACCUCAACAGGGACAGCAUAUUGGUUUUGUUUCAAUUGUUGAUUAACGUAAAAUUUGUGUUAAAAAGAAAAAAUAAAGUCACUUAAUCGUCAAUUUCCAAAAUUAAAUACCCUGCAAACACAAUUUUUCUCCGCUAUCACGAAAUUAAAGACUCACAAAAUGUGCCGAGAAAAUUUUCACGAAAUUUAAGUCCCGUGAAAAUAAAGGAGAAUAAGGUAGUAGAUAACUGACUAAUCUGUAGGUUGCACGUGCAAUGCAUGAUUUCCUAGAGCAAUGUCAAAUGGGUUCUUUGUGAUGGUGUAUUGUCAUUAUUUAUUUCAAAACAAUGUAUAAUAAAACAAUUAUUAGAUUCAGUUUUUGUGAUAUCCAGAAUAAUCAAGGUCUCAACUAAGUGUUAUCAGCCUCGGCCUUCGGCUCAGCUGAUAAAACUUACCUUGACGUUGAUUAUUCUGAAUAUCACAAAAACCUCCUCCAAUUUAUUAUAUUUAUUAUUAUUUACUGUAAGCCACAACAUUAAACACAGACUACAUGUACAUGCACUUGAGUUUUGUAGAGAGGUUGGGAAUAAUUUUAUAAGUGUGAUGUUUGCAUAGCUGUAAAAAAUAAUAUUAUUACAGCCUCUUUUCCAGAUCUUUGUAAAAAAUAUUAUGUAUGUUGAUCAGCUGAUAGGUAUUAAGCCCAUACAUACAUCAGAUUUUCUUAGACUAGUGUUUAUAUUUGAUUUAUUUUUUACUCCAGCGUAUUGAAAAAUUUAUUCACAUGUUUACAACCUGUUAAAACUUAGGUGUUCAACAAAACGUUCUCUCUUAGCUACAUAAACUUAUAUUAUUGCCCCUGAAAUAUCCAGGAUUUACUAACAAAAGACAAAAAAAACAUUAAAACCUUUCUUACUGCAAGCUCUGCUAAAAGAAAAAGUAUUUUUAUUUUAGCAGUUGUUAUUAAAGUAUGUUGAAACUACUGUAUAAUCUAUUACUAGACUAUCAGUCUUCCUUCAAUAGAAUAAUCAUUUUAAAAUUAUUUUAUGGGUAAAACUUUCCAGGAAAUGUUGCGGCAGGAAGUGUUGAGUGGCGGCACAGCUGACGUGGUAGGUUAUUAGCUCUUUUUGCCAUGAUUGUUUUGAUACUUGAUCUCAGUUGUUUUCCGUAGAUUGAAGAUAAUUUUAUUCAUUUUAGUUUAAUUUAUAGGGGGCAAAUGAUUUUUAUAAUUAAAAAACUGUCUGAGUUUAGUACCUGCCAUAUAUCUUCACCUUCAUGAUCAUCAUUAUUGUCAUCAUCAUCAUUAUCAUCAUCAUCAUCAUCAUCAUCAUCAUCAUCAUCAUCAUCAUCAUCAUCAUCAUCAUCAUCAUCAUCAUCAUCAUCAUCAUCAUCAUCAUCAUCAUCAUCAUCAUCAUCAUCAUCAUCAUUAUCAUAACCUUUACUUGUGACAAUGGAAGGCUCCAAGUAUACAUUUUUGUUAUAAUAUUCUUAUAUAUUUUUUGCAGUGUGGAAUAGUUGUGAAUUGUACUCUGUUUUAUUUUCUUUGUAAAGGAUAAGAGUGUGAUCUCAGCAGGAAUGGUUGCUAGUGAGGCCAGUAAAGGCAUGGGCCCUGAUGAGGAGUCAUUUAAUGUUCCUGUACCUGUUACACAGAAGGUACAUUCUAAUUUGCCAUGUGUCUUAAAUUUUAAACAAAUAAUAAACAAUAAUUAAUGGACAAACUGGAGUGUUUGCUAUCAAUUUAAUACAUUCUGACCCAAAAUAUCAUAGUGUGUCUUUGUCAGAUAUGUAGAUUUUAUGGGUCAGAAUUGACUUCAGGUUAAAUUUUUUUAUUACCUAGGUUGAUCCUCAAUACUUCCUUUGUCUACUAGGGCUAGGAGACAAUAAGAAUCAACCUGGAGUAAAUCAAAAUUGACCUGAAAUCAAAUUUGACCAGUAACAAAGACAUUCCGAACAUUUUUUGGUUGUCUUUCCUUCAUAUUAUGCUUUAAUAUGGAAAAUUGAGUGCCGCAAACAUGUUACUGGUUCUAUUUAUCUGUGGUAUUACAAAGGUAUGGAGUAUAACAAUUGUGCCAUAAGCGUGAAUAAUUAUUUGCCAAAAAAUCUGCUUGUACAUAAAUAACGGGGAGAUUAUGACUUUGGGACAUUUACAUGUUAACCAACACAAAAAUAUCAUAGUUUCGGACAAAAAUCCAACAGUGCAAAAAUGCAUCAUCAGGUUAAUACUUGUUAUUAUUUCUUUAAUCUAUUUUCAGGUUUACCUCUGGGCAGACAAGUACAGACCUAGGAAGCCAAGGUUCUUCAACAGAGUACACACUGUAUGUUUUUCACUGUUUUGAUUAUGCCAACAAGUUUUGAUAGCAUACUAUACUAUUUUCUCAGAUAAGCUUCACUGUUCGAGCAAAAGCAUCCCUUGCCUUCCUCGUCCUUAAAAUUACCUACCUAUUGUCUCAGUCAGUUACAGUCAGCCUGUUAGCAAGCUGUUGUGUUGGGGUGGAGGAGGGAAGGUCAGGCAAGUCACAGUGUCACUCACGAAGGACCGAUUGCAUCAUCCACACCAAUCUACAUUUUGAAUCAUUUUCAAAUUUCUUAGACUUGCUUUCAAACUUCUCUCUCCCUAACUAUACCUUGCCCCUGAGAGCUGGCUUGUGGGGUAGGUAAUAUAGUUGCUUGUGGCUGCUAUAUACAUUCCAAACAGCUUGUUCAUUGGCCAUUUUGGAGUUGCAUAGAGAACUGGGGCAAGAUUCAUUUUUAUACUACAGUAAUUGUUAAACUAACACCACCAUAUAAAAGGUCAUGUUGAGAUUGGUUAUUUGACUAAGUUUAGUGCUCUUAGGUUGAACAGGAAUCAAGUUAUGACUCUUGAAACAUGGUUAAAGAUCUAUACAAACGUCUGUAAUUUUGUGACAGCGUCUCCCUAAAGCAUGCAAACUCUUAAUUUUUUUCACAAUUUCUGUGAUAUUCCUGAAAAUGGGCAAACAGUGAUUUCGAAUUAGUUUUUUCCAAGUAGUAGGUGCAUGACGAAUUUUACAGUUAACAGAAAAACUGAGUUUAAACUUGAAACUCACCCCAGUUCCCUAUGCAACCCCAAAAUGGCCACUUAUAGUUGUUGUGGUAAAAUUUUGACCAGAAUAAAGAAGGGUCACUGUAGCAGAAAAGACUUUUUCAAAAAUACCAUAAUACUCUUUGUUGUCCCUCCACAAUUUUGCAUAAACAUUGUUUUCAAUUUCUCCUGGGGCAAUUUUAGUCCCAAGAGAAACUGAAAACAAUGCUUAUGCAAAAUUGUGGUAUUUUUGAAAAAGUCCUGUUAUACAGCUCCUUGCCUUUGCAACUGCUUCAUUCAACAGAUACAGGUAAAUGGAAGAUUUACAAUCUGCUAUAAAAAUAUGUAUUGGCUACUUGUUUUCUGGAAUAACUCUUAAUUUAAAGGACUAACUAGUUUGUGGACUAGUUUCUUUGUAAAAAGGGAUUACUUGAUAUCUUAUUUUCUUUCAUCUUGUUCUUAAUUCAUAGGGUUAUGAGUGGAAUAAAUACAAUCAAACACAUUAUGACAGUGACAAUCCUCCACCCAAGAUAGUACAGGGAUACAAGUUUAAUGUAAGCUGAUGUUUAACCAAUUGUUUCACAUAUCAUAACUUACAUCUGUUCAUGAAUUAUACUGUUCAUUAGUUACUACUGUUUAACUUGAGCCCUUUUUGAAAUUGCCCAAGAUCAACUUAAGAGUCUAGUUUGUUGAACCUCUAUACAGAACAUGAGGCCAACUUGUCUACCAUCUUGACACUUGUAAAAAGGCAGCUGUUACUCAUGUUAAUGAGCCCUAUUAUUGCAUUUUCAGAUAUUUUAUCCUGAUCUAAUUAACAAGAGUGAAGCACCAGAAUAUUUUUUGGUAACAUUUUUUUGUUUCCAUCUUUUUAAUAUUAUUAUUGGUAAUUAACAUAAAUAUUUUUAGCAUUCAGUUUUUACACAGUAGAUAUUUAAAAAUUGGACAUUGACCAUAGCUGGUUUAAGCUAAAAUUAACAGUCUUGUCCAUGAUUCACUUUCAGGAACAAAGUCCUGGAGAUUCAAAAGAUUUUGCAGUCCUUAGGUUCCAUGCAGGGCCACCUUAUGAGGUAUGCUGGCAAACUUGAAGCCUAAGUGGUAACUCCACUUUGAAAACAAUGGGGUUGUAAUUUUCACAAACACUUCAAGGAGGUACAGCUGUAUCAGAAUCUCCUUUUUGCUGGAAUUACAUUCAUUUCCACCCUUCAGAGGUACAUGUACCAAUUCUUAAACAGAAAAAAAAACUUGCUUUUAGCAGCAAUUCUUGGAUCCAUUCCCUAAAGGAUAGCACUACAACUCUAAUGGAAGUCAUGAGAUUGUAGCCCCCUACUCAUGCUAAGCUGAAGGUUUGCCUCCCCCCCCCAACAAAAACAAUGUACCGCAACCACCUGUGUCCCUACCGACAAGCACCAAAAGUGUUUUUUUUUUUCACGUUAAUCUUUUGUUUUUAUUAAGAUCUUUAUUCUACCUUUUGAUCAAAUUGCAGGACAUUGCCUUCAAGAUUGUCAACCGAGAGUGGGAAUACUCCCAUCGCCAUGGUUUCCGCUGUCAAUUCCAGAACAACAUUUUCCAGCUUUGGUUUCAUUUCAAGCGAUAUAGAUAUCGAAGAUAACCGUUACAGUCUGCAUUAUUAUCUUUGUGUAAUGCAAGAUGUAAAAUGUGCAAUCUACCUCUGGGAGUUCAGCUGCCCCAAAGAAAAAACCAUCUAAGAAAUAAAACAGACAAACAAACUUCCCAAGGAUAUAUAUGGACCUUUUUUGUGAGUGCUGCUCAUCAGUAAUGCUCAUUGUGGAGUUACAUACUGCAGGUUCAAAAUGCUUGUGUGUAUGAACUCAAUGUAUAUAAAAUUUCAUUGUCUUUUAUAGAAAAGCAAGCUGUCAUUCACUCAUGUUUGUCAUUUUCGUAUUCAUAAUCAUCCAUGUCUCUGGGGGCAAGACUCAUUCCUGACAAGUAAAAAGUUUGUUGCUAGUAACAAAGACUUUGUAUUAAAGUUUUUAUUUUAACAAUACUGAUGCUUUAUUAACAGUGUUGUAAUACAAAUUUACAAUGUGGUUGAAUGUAGCACUCUGAUUGAUUAAUUACACAUCAUUAGCUGCAGCAGUAUAUUUUUAUUCAUUUUC